GGGGCCGGGGCCGGGGCUGGGGCUGUCACUGGAGCUGGACGCGGCGGAACUGAAGCUGGGCCGGGGCGGAGCGCCGCGCCGCGCCAGGGCCGCAAGGAGGGGCGUGUUGCUGCCGGCCCACCGCGAGCCGCCCCCAGCCCGCCCCGAGGCGCCCUCCCGCCAGGCCGCCUGCCUCCGCCUUCCGCCUCCCUCCAUUUCCCCGGAAUUUCAGCCCAGCGCGCCUGCCUGCACCCCGGCCCUUCUCUGGGUGGGGAAGCUCCCGGCAGCAGCUUUCCGGCUUCACUCCUUCCUUGCAGGCUGAGCUCCCAGCCCCCUCUCUCCUUUCCUGGACUGGCUCCCACUCCCGCCCUCCGGCCCCCCCCCCCCACCUUCGGUCCCCUUCCUUUACUCAGGCUCCCUGCCCCUUCCCUUAGCUGAGUCCUAGCUCCUCAGUCACUUUGCUCAGCCAAGAAUUCCAUCUUUCCCUCUUUUCCUUCCCUGGGGUCCAUCCUAUCCUGUCUCUUCCUCUGUCCCUAGGGUGCAGUCUCUUUCCCCCCACCUCCUUUCCCCAGCCUGGACCUUUUUGGUCUCCUGUGGUCCUUUCUGGGUCCUUGUCCCCUCUGUCCACUUUGGAGUUCUCCAUUGCAAACCCAGCCUCCCUCCACCCCGCAGAGAUCUGCUUCCACACAAAUACCUCUCUGAAACAUGAACUUUUUCUAGAGAUUGCCCCCAGUCCGUCUUCCACCUGCUGACCCCUUGCCACCUAUGUCCCGGGUCUUACUCUCACUUUGCUAACGGUCAAGGCCUGCUGAGCCAAGGGAUCAGCAUGCUGCUUCUGUGGUCUGGCAUCUGCCGCCGCGCUCCUCCGCGAAUCUUCCCUUCGUUCCUGGUGGCGGUAGCCUUGGUGGGGCUGCUACCUGUUCUCAGGAGCCAUGGCCUGCAGCCCAGCCCUACUGCCAGCACCAUCCGAGGCUCAGAGCCACCACGGGAACGCUCGAUUGGGGAUGUCACCACUGCCCCACCGGAGCUGGCCCCCGAGAGCCGUCCUGUUAACCAUUCUGUCACUGAGCACAGCAUGAAGACUCGAAAGGCCUUCCCAGUCCUGGGCAUUGACUACACACAUGUGCGCACACCCUUUGAGAUCUCGCUUUGGAUCCUGCUGGCCUGCCUCAUGAAGAUAGGUUUCCACGUGAUCCCCACUAUCUCGAGCAUUGUCCCGGAAAGCUGCCUGCUGAUCGUAGUGGGGCUGCUAGUGGGGGGCCUGAUCAAGGGCGUGGGCGAGACGCCCCCCUUCCUGCAAUCAGACGUCUUCUUCCUUUUCCUGCUGCCACCCAUCAUCCUGGACGCUGGCUACUUCCUGCCACUGCGGCAGUUCACUGAGAACCUGGGCACCAUCCUGAUCUUCGCUGUGGUGGGCACACUGUGGAAUGCCUUCUUCCUGGGCGGCCUCAUGUACGCCGUGUGCCUGGUGGGCGGUGAGCAGAUCAACAACAUCGGCCUCCUGGACAACCUGCUCUUCGGCAGCAUCAUCUCCGCCGUGGAUCCGGUGGCCGUGCUGGCCGUCUUCGAGGAGAUCCACAUCAAUGAGCUGCUGCACAUCCUUGUCUUUGGGGAGUCCCUGCUCAAUGACGCCGUCACUGUGGUCCUGUAUCACCUCUUUGAGGAGUUUGCCAACUAUGACCGAGUGGGCAUCGUGGACAUCGUCCUUGGCUUCCUGAGCUUCUUCGUAGUGUCCCUGGGCGGGGUGUUUGUAGGUGUGGUCUACGGAGUCAUCGCAGCCUUCACCUCCCGAUUCACCGCCCACAUCCGCGUCAUCGAGCCACUCUUCGUCUUCCUCUACAGCUACAUGGCCUACCUGUCAGCUGAGCUCUUCCACCUGUCGGGCAUCAUGGCACUAAUCGCCUCAGGAGUGGUGAUGCGCCCCUACGUGGAGGCCAACAUCUCCCACAAGUCUCAUACGACCAUCAAGUACUUCCUGAAGAUGUGGAGCAGCGUCAGUGAGACCCUCAUUUUCAUCUUCCUCGGCGUCUCCACCGUGGCCGGCUCCCACCACUGGAACUGGACCUUUGUCAUCAGCACCCUGCUCUUCUGCCUCAUCGCCCGAGUGCUGGGUGUGCUGGGCCUGACCUGGUUCAUCAACAAGUUCCGAAUUGUGAAGCUGACCCCCAAGGACCAGUUCAUCAUCGCUUACGGGGGUCUUCGAGGGGCCAUAGCCUUCUCCCUGGGCUACCUCCUGGACAAGAAGCACUUCCCCAUGUGUGACCUGUUCCUCACUGCCAUCAUCACUGUCAUCUUCUUCACCGUCUUUGUGCAGGGCAUGACCAUUCGGCCCCUGGUAGACCUGUUGGCUGUGAAGAAAAAGCAAGAAACGAAGCGCUCUAUCAACGAGGAGAUCCACACACAGUUCCUGGACCACCUUCUGACAGGCAUCGAGGACAUCUGUGGCCAUUACGGCCACCACCACUGGAAGGACAAGCUCAACCGGUUUAACAAGAAAUAUGUGAAGAAGUGUCUGAUAGCAGGGGAGCGCUCCAAGGAACCCCAGCUCAUCGCCUUCUACCACAAGAUGGAGAUGAAGCAGGCAAUUGAGCUGGUGGAGAGCGGUGGCAUGGGCAAGAUCCCUUCUGCUGUCUCCACUGUCUCCAUGCAGAACAUCCACCCCAAGUCUCUGCCUGCUGAGCGCAUCCUGCCGGCACUGUCCAAGGACAAGGAGGAGGAGAUCCGCAAAAUCCUGAGGAACAACUUACAGAAGACGAGGCAGCGGCUGCGAUCCUACAACAGACACACACUGGUGGCAGAUCCCUACGAGGAGGCCUGGAACCAGAUGCUGCUCCGCAGACAGAAGGCCCGGCAGCUAGAGCAGAAGAUCAAUAACUACCUGACGGUGCCAGCCCACAAGCUGGACUCACCCACCAUGUCGAGGGCCCGCAUUGGCUCAGACCCGCUGGCCUAUGAGCCGAAGGCCGACUUGCCUGUUAUCACCAUCGACCCAGCCUCCCCGCAGUCGCCUGAGUCCGUGGACCUGGUGAAUGAGGAGCUGAAGGGCAAAGUCUUGGGGCUGAACCGAGAUCCAGCCAGGGUGGUGGAAGAGGACGAGGAGGAUGAUGGGGGCAUUGUGAUGCGGACCAAGGAGCCCUCUUCCCCAGGCACCGAUGAUGUCUUCACCCCUGGGCCAAAUGACAGCCCCAGCUCCCAGAGGAUACAGCGCUGCCUCAGUGACCCAGGUCCCCACCCUGAGCCUGGGGAGGGAGAGCCUUUCAUCCCCAAGGGGCAGUAGCACUGGGGUCAGUGGGCAGUGCCCAUCCCACCACAGACUCUCCCACCAGAGCAGGGGCUGCUGGGGGAACUGGGGGCUCCCUUCAUCCUUCCUGACCUGGAUUGGCCCUGCCCCUCCCCCGACCGCAUGGCAGCUGGGCCCACAGCCCCCACCGCAGCACGGCUUCCCCCUGCCUCCUGGGAAGCACCCUCCCUCCCACCAGAACUGCCUUCCCAAACCAUUUGGCAGAACUGUUGGGCUGUGAGGCAGAUCUGCCCCUUCCCGAUUCAGGCUCUCUCCCAAACCCCGGCCGAGGGCCUCUGAGAUUCCCAGCCCUCGGAGGCCUGCCGCCUACUCCAUCAUCCUCAUUCAAACCAAUCUUAGUUCCUAACCAAAGAGCCUCUGGCUCAGCCUUGGUCCUGCCUGGAAAGGGAAGGAAUCAAGACCUCUCUUGGCCUCAGCCAGACCCUACAUUAACAGCGGAAAGACUGGGGGACCGGGUGUCUGUCUGGGGUAGGGAUUGGUGACACAUGGCAGGCCCACCCUCCCUCCUGCCAUCUCUGUCCCCCUGGCCAGCCCCCCUGACCUGUCUUUACUCAGAGCUGCAGGAUGAGGGCAUCUCUGAGCUUCUCUGACUGGAGCUGGGGCACUUUGGACAGUGAUAUGACUUAGUUUUCCAAACUGUCCCAAGAAGAGACCCCUGAGCCCACCAGGGGCUACUGUCAGAGGCUCCAGAAAGUGCUGCCUUUUUAUCUGUUUUGUUUGUUCACACUCCAUGUAUGAUUCAAUUUGCACAGAGGGCAUUCCUGUUUUUAAAACAUUUUAAAAACCCCUGGUUUAACAGAGCUCUGGCCCUCCUACUCCAGAGAAUUACUCCUCCUCAUCUGUGCCUGUCUGCCCAACACUCCCCCAAAUUGGUCCUCUCCCUCCUGGGCUCUUAACCGUGGCCCCAAAGCUAUGAUUUUAGAAGUGACCUUUCCCACUCCAAUUCAUGAUUCUCUCUAACUCAUUGUUGCUGGGCCUCCUGGCCCCUUCUGUGCUCUUGGGCCUGACCCUCGGUUCCUGCUGGCCUGUUCUUUCUCUCAUCCCCCUCCACCCCUUUGGUCCCUGGACCUCUUAUGUGCACCGCACCCAGCUUGCUGUGAAGCCCAGUCCUUAGGGGAGAAGGCUUCCCCGAGGAUCACCCACCCCACCAGGGUUGGUGGGUGGGCAGAGUCCUGGGCCCCCAGAGGCCUUUGCUCACAGGCACACACUCCCACCCCACUGCCACCAUGGCCAGGCCCAGACCUAUCGGUGUCUGUCCUUCCCCAGGAUUGUGCAAUAGUCAGAGUGUCCCUCUUCCCAGCGGACUGGGCAGUGGGUGCUCAUCUUAACCCCUUCUCUCCAUGCAAGUGCUGUUUUGGGCAGGAGUCACCGUGCAAGGGUGACAUUGACAACCAUGUUCAAAGCCACCACAGCUGCUGCUGCUCUGCCGCCUGUACAGAAGAAACGGAAUCUUUUUUCAUAUUCUAAUAAAUCUGUGUGAGUUUUUAUAGA